AGUAGCUGAAGCACAGACAUCCCCAUCAUGGAUUUCCAGCAUCGUCCCGGGGGUAAAACCGGAAGCGGCGGCGUAGCCUCCGCCUCGGAAAGUAACCGCGACCGCCGGGAGAGGCUCCGGCAGCUGGCCUUGGAGACCAUCGACAUCAACAAAGACCCUUAUUUUAUGAAAAAUCACUUGGGCUCUUACGAGUGCAAGCUUUGCCUGACGCUGCACAACAAUGAGGGAAGUUACUUAGCACAUACCCAGGGCAAGAAGCAUCAGACCAAUUUGGCCCGGCGAGCUGCCAAGGAGGCGAAGGAAGCCCCCGCCCAGCCCGCGCCGGAAAAGGUCAAAGUGGAAGUGAAGAAAUUUGUGAAAAUCGGCCGGCCGGGUUACAAAGUGACCAAACAGAGAGAUCCAGAAACGGGCCAGCAGAGCCUUCUCUUCCAGAUUGAUUAUCCGGAGAUCGCAGAGAGCAUCAUGCCUCGGCACCGGUUCAUGUCGGCCUACGAGCAGAGGAUUGAGCCCCCGGACAGGCGCUGGCAGUACCUGCUGAUGGCAGCGGAGCCCUAUGAAACCAUCGCCUUCAAGGUGCCGAGCAGAGAAAUCGACAAAGCAGAAGGAAAGUUUUGGACCCACUGGAACAGGGAGACCAAACAGUUCUUCCUUCAAUUCCACUUCAAGAUGGAGAAGCCCCCAGCUCCCCCCAACCUCCCUCCAGGGCCCCCGACUGUGAAGCGGCCUCCUCCACCCCCGCUGAUGAACGGCCUGCCCCCAAGGCCGCCCCUGCCGGACUCCAUGCCCCCACCUCCUCCGGGGGGCAUGACUCUGCCUCCCAUGCCUCCCUCUGGACCAGUGCCACCACCUCCCGUGCCACCUCAGUUGCCACCAGCGCCCGGUGUACCUCCCCCUGCUCCUCUGCCCCCCAUGAUGAGGCCACCUCUCCCCACGGAGGGGCCAGGCACUAUCCCCCCGCCGCCUCCCUCCAACUGAAGCCCCUCCUGGACUCCUCCAGCUCCUCUCUUUUUAUAUGCAGAUCAUGACUGAUUCAGAGAAAUAUUUCUGGUUUGUAUGCCUGUGAAUUUGACCGAAUCCUGUAGGUUCAUUAAAAGGUUUUCCAUUUUCCUUUC